CAGCAAUAAUUCCUUCCCACAGUUCCUUGAUUCUUAACCUAAGCACCCCGCUCAUAUUAGCAUCCUCCAACGUCUCCAUUUAAAUUAUACACACAAUGAGUUACGAUGCGCUAUUUUACGCCGGAAGUGAAGAGCCCCAUUUUCUUGAAGCUUGUACCCUUUGCUCUAAGCCUUUGGGUCAUAAUAGUGACAUAUUCAUGUACAGAGGAAACACCCCAUUUUGUAGCCAAGAAUGCAGGCAAGAACAAAUUGAGUGUGAUGAAGCAAGAGAGAGAAGAUGGAAGAAGAUGUCAUCCAAGAAAUCAACAACAGAGACUUCCAAGAAAUCUGCAACUGUGCAAACUGGAACACUUGUGGCUUCCAAUUAGCAAAUUUUAUAAAAAUAUUAUGUGAAAUUACAUAAUUACCCUCUCUGAUAAUAAUAAUAUAUGAUGGGAGGGGGAUGAGUAACUUUGGUUUUGUAUAGAAGUUGAUGGUGGGGUAACAUUACUCACCAUGGUUUGAUGGUGAUCAUAAAGGAGAAAGACGAAGAUACCCUUUGAGAAGAAUUUUGUUUUUAUUUUCGUUUUAUUUUUGUCUGAUGUUUUUUUUUUUUUGGCCUUUUUAACCUUCAUGUCUUUGGGUUUUUAUUUUGUAUGAAAAUGCCCAAUUUCACCAUGUUUAGGUUAAGUUAAUAAUUUUUGAUGCAUCUAAUUUGGCCUUUGUUUUGGGAAUAAA